AUGCCCCGAGAUCCACUCAUUGGGCUUGUUGGAAAACCAUCCUCCGGCAAGUCAACAACUUUGAACAGCUUGACAGACGCCAGUUCGAAAGUCGGCAACUUCCCUUUCACCACGAUCGACCCUCAGAGAGCCGUUGGAUACCUCCAAGUCGACUGUGCUUGCAAGCGACAUGGCCUUGCCGAGAGAUGCCGACCGAAUUAUGGUUCCUGCGUGGAUGGCAAGAGAUCAGUACCUAUAGAACUCCUUGACGUUGCCGGGCUGGUUCCCGGUGCACAUGAAGGCAGAGGACUUGGCAACAAGUUUCUUGACGACUUGCGCCAUGCGGAUGCUCUUAUACAUGUGGUCGAUGUCAGCGGAACAACGGACGCCGACGGCAAAGCCACGCGUGGCUACGAUCCGAGCGUGGACAUUGAAUGGCUGCGUGGUGAGAUCGUUCGCUGGAUCCAAGGGAAUUUAAUGGAGAAAUGGGGAAGUAUCAAACGGCGGCAUCUCGCUGUGAAAGCGUCGCCAGUGGAAACCCUCCAAGCACAAUUUUCAGGCUACGGUAGCACCAGCGCAGUUGUCGCUCGGUGUCUGGACAAGCUGCAGUUGAAACAACCCCUAGAGGCAUGGAGCGAUGAGACUAUCCUCAAAGUCGUCAACGCAUUCACGGACGAGAAGUUUCCAACGGUUCUUGCCUUGAACAAGAUCGAUCAUCCUGACGCAGAUCGCAACAUUGCCAAAAUCGCAAAGCAACAACCGGCAGACCGGAUUGUUCUGUGUAGCGCUAUCUCAGAGGUGUUCCUGCGUCGGCUGGCGAAGCAAGGCUAUAUCAAGUACAAAGAAGGAGCAGAAUACCUCGACACGAGGGAAGAUCUGAUCGAGCAGGGGGAUCCGACAGGCGGAGGACUCAAAGAGAUGGACGACAAGUUGAAGCAACGGAUAGAGAAUCUCAAGGAUAUGGUGCUCUAUCGCUUCGGGAGCACCGGCGUCGUGCAGGUUUUGACUCGUGCAGCAGCAAUGCUAGGCCUUGUGCCAGUAUUCCCCGUCAAGAACAUUCACACAUACGGGUCUGGAGCAGCGGGGUCUACUGCUGUGUUUAGAGACUGCGUGCUGGUGAAAAAAGGCAGCACAGUUGCGGAUGUGGCAAGAAAAGUCAUGGGGGAUGCUCCAAUUGCAUUUGUCGAAGGCGAUGGAGGCAGGAGAAUUGCUGAAGAUUCGACAGUCGAGGUUGGGAAGAAUGAUGUCCUGUCAUUUCAUGUCGGGCGAUGA